CAACGAGAGUAAGAAUGGUCGAGGAGGAGGUUGAGGCAGAUGUGGAGAUCAAAACUACGGCUGAUAAGGUUUACUUGUUCGCCAGAAGAUCACAAAAUGUGGUCUCAGCCACUCGCUACAUCCAGGGAUGUGAUCUGCUCGAAGGCGAAUGGGACAAAGUUGGAAGCAUAAUCUUUUGGAAAUUAGCUUUUGAUGGAGAGCCAAGAGUGUCGAAGGAUAGGAUCGAGACGGUGGAUAUGGAGAAGAAUGUGAUUCAGUGGAGGGUAUUAGAGGGACCUUUAAAGAAAGAAUACAAGACCUUCUUGAAAACGGUGAAGGUGAGCCCUAAGCAAGGAGGAUCUGGAAGUGUGGUGAAGUGGAACAUGAAGUAUGAGAGGAUUGAUGAGAAGGUAGCUCACCCAAAGAGGCUGCUCCAGUUCUUUGUUGAAGUGAUUAAAGAGGUUGACCGAUAUCUCUUGUCUGAGGAAUAGGGGUUAUUUAUGCUUGGCUUGUGUAGUUGUGUGUGUAAGAGUUAUAUAUUGUAUGCGUGAGAACUCCUCUUGUGUUUUGUAUGUAUUUCUCAAUUAUUGUGAUCUCUCUAAAUUUAGAAGAGAUGUCUGCAAGUGUGCUGGUUUUGAGGAGCUUGUUUAACGCUUGAAGUCGCAUGUUUUAACAUUUUGAGUAGCUAUGAGCUUCUCGUAGUUUUUUAUGUGUGUGUUGUGUUUAUUACAAAUCCCAUGUUAUUUCUAUGUUAAUUAUGGAACUGGCGACGAUGAAAUACAAAAAUGACUAAACAUAUAUAGAAGCCUAUGAGCGAGAGAAAUUAUAUUACAUUCAUCCUUGAACCCUAAGAAAAGAAGUGAUAAUUUAAUCCUUGGUGCAAUGGCGCGAAUAAGAAAGAAAUGAGAGGUUCAAAUUCAUUUACCUCGCAUGAUAUCUUA